UCCUUUGGAAGACUUCCCUUUAGGCUCGCCAGUGUGCUUGGAUAUUUACACCAGUGGUGUAGAGACAACAACAACGGCCUUUAACGUAGUAGCUAGCCACAGCAAUGGACCUUCUGGAUCUUGCCAUGCAAGGGUUCUCCAUCUUUGGAUUCAUUCUAUUUUGCGUACUCUGGUUUAUGCACUUGAUGUCCAUCAUCUAUGUCCGACUCUAUCUCAAUAAGAAGACCAGUGACAAGCAGCCCUACAGUAAGCUGGCAGGGGUCUCUCUACUGAAGCCUCUGAAAGGAGUAGACCCCAACCUCAUCAAUAACCUGGAGACCUUCUUUGAGCUCGACUACCCCAAGUUUGAGAUCCUGCUGUGUGUGCAGGACCAUGACGACCCAGCCAUUGAUGUUUGUAAAAAGCUUCUUGGAAAAUAUCCCAACGUUGAUGCUCGUUUAUUUAUAGGAGGAAAGAAGGUUGGCAUCAACCCCAAGAUUAAUAACCUGAUGCCAGGUUAUGAGGGGGCAAAGUAUGACCUGGUGUGGAUCUGCGACAGCGGAAUACGAGUGAAACCGGACACUCUGACAGAUAUGGCUAACCAGAUGACAGAGAAGGUGGGGUUGGUCCAUGGCCUUCCCUACGUGGCUGACAGACAGGGCUUCGCUGCUACGCUGGAGCAGGUGUACUUUGGCACGUCCCACCCGCGCUCCUACAUCUCAGCCAACGUGACGGGUAUUAAGUGUGUGACAGGAAUGUCGUGUCUGAUGAGGAAAGAUGUCCUGGACCAGGCUGGAGGGCUCAUAACCUUCGCUCAAUACAUCGCUGAGGACUACUUCAUGGCUAAGGCUAUCGCUGACAGAGGAUGGAAAUUCUCCAUGGCAACGCAGGUAGCCAUGCAGAACUCCGGGUCCUAUUCAAUUGCUCAGUUCCAGUCCCGCAUGAUCAGGUGGGCCAAGCUUCGUAUCAACAUGCUCCCCGCCACCAUCUGUGAGCCCAUCUCGGAGUGUUUCGUAGCCAGCCUGAUCAUUGGCUGGGCAGCGCAUCACGUGUUCCGCUGGGAUAUAAUGGUCUUCUUCAUGUGCCACUGUCUGGCCUGGUUCAUCUCUGACUACAUCCAGCUCCGAGGGGUCCAGGGCGGUGCUCCAUCCUUCUCCAAACUGGACUACGCUGUAGCCUGGUUCAUCAGAGAAUCCAUGACCAUCCAGAUCUUCCUGUCGGCGCUGUGGGACCCCACCAUCAGCUGGAGAACGGGGCGCUACAGGUUACGAUGUGGAGGUACGGCCGAGGAGAUCCUGGACGUAUAGCUGCCUGCCUGAGUCCUAUCACCUCCAGGGACCAGAGACAAUACCAGACACAGACUGAUGAGCAUCCCAAAUGGCACCCUAUUCCCUAGAUAGUCAACUACUUUUGACCAGGGCCCACACUUGCCCAUACUUUUUGCUCUGGUUAAAGGUAGUGAACUAUAGAGGGAAUAGGGUACCAUUUGGGAUGCGACCAGAGAGAGAUGGCAACAUUGAGUGGAUAGAAGGAAACAACCCGCUAUGGGCGUGAUGGAUGGAAGGAAACAACCCGCUAUGGGCGUGAUGGAUGGAAGGAAGGAAACAACCCGCUAUGGGCGUGAUGGAUGGAAGGAAGGAAACAACCCGUGAUGGAUGGAAGGAAACAACCCGCUAUGGGCGUGAUGGAUGGAAGGAAGGAAACAACCCGCUAUGGGCGUGAUGGAUGGAAGGAAGGAAACAACCCGUGAUGGAUAGAAGGAAACAACCCGCUAUGGGCGUGAUGGAUGGAAGGAAGGAAACAACCCGCUAUGGGCGUGAUGGAUAGAAGGAAACAACCCGCUAUGGGCGUGAUGGAUGGAAGGAAACAACCCGCUAUGGGCGUGAUGGAUGGAAAACUUCAUAUGGAAUUCAUAUUUUCUUUUUAAGAUAAAGAAUUGUCCAGUGUUUGAUUGUUUUUUAACCAGUUUGUUGAGAUAUUAGAUUUAUUAUUAGGGGGCUCGUUUUCCUCUUGACCAUCCACAUGGUGAGAGACGGCCUACCUCCCAAAUGGCACCCUAUUCCUCAAUUAAUAGUGUUUUAAUGUGAGAACUAAAGCUCCAAACCUAUGGAUUCUCUUUGGUCCAUUUUGGGUUUACUGGUCAGGUUUUCAAAGCGCCAUGGUCUUCUGCUGUGAGAUUGCUGGCUAUUUUUAACAGACUGAAUGCGUCGCAAAUUGGCACCCUAUUCCCUAUAUAUAGUGUACUGCUUUUGACCAAAGCCCAUAGGGGUGUCAUUUGAGAUGC